AUGGCUGCUCCCGUCGCAUUGAGAUACCAACCCCAGGCUCAGUCCACCUUCAAACCCCCGUUGAUCGCCAAUGACAACGCCUUUCUGGGCGAUGUAUUCACCAGACUCGAGAAGGGAACCCCCUUGGUCUAUACAUACACCUACGAUGAGAUGAAGAUCAUCCUGGAGGGUGAAUUUGAGAUCUCCGACGCCACCGGCCAAAAGGUCUCAGCCAAGCCGGGCGAUGUCUUCUACUUCCCCAAGGGCGCAAAGAUCACUUUCACGACGCCGUCGUAUGGAUUGGCUUUCUUUACUGGACAACGUGCCGAAGGCGGAGCUUAA